UUCCAACCCUAAUCAAAAUUUUGAAAAAUAAUCUUUUUUUUCAGAUUUUACAAGUUGAGUCCUGGUUAAGAACUACACAGUUUAAUCUUGCUUGAACUACAGUGUAUCUAAAAAUUUUAGGAGGCCACAGUAUAGCUUCCAAAGGAAGUCAUUUUUCACCAUUUUGAAUGCAAUGUAAAUUGUAGCAUCCCAGCACUUCAGUACAACAGGAAUGAAUAAAAUAGCAAAAAAAGUAAAAGGACAUGCACAAAAACAAAAACUCCAUUACAGAGGACACAAGUCGGUGGGCGAGGUCUCGGGAGGAUAGGGCCUUUAUCUUUUAUCUAGGUUAGAUAGACAGUAUUUCUCAGCCAAGUAAUACAAUCACUGUGUGACUGUGUAUCAAAGAAUGAAGAAUGAAUUAUCUUAUACAUUUUUCUUUAUUCACAAGUUUAUCACCUCAAAGAAGCUCUCUACUUAUUUUACUUGGUCCCUGGUGUACACUGGCAAACGUUUGACUUGCCCAAAGGAAACUGUAGCACAGCCAGACGACAUGACCACCAUGCCCAUCUGACACAAUUUACCCAAUAAAUAGACGCAUAUAAGACUGGUGAUGGCUGGAUCGGGGAUAAAAGUUGAAGACUAGUGCACAUCAGGAUCCAAGAAACAUGAAGAUUGAGGCUCUUCUGUGUUUUUGUUUCAUACAUGUCAGCCCCUCUCACAGUUUGAGAAAUGAAUCUGCGGAUGAUGUGUAUGAAUUCCUCUGGCAAAACAAUAAAGACAUCGCCGAUAAGACACUCAGGGUGGACUUCCUGACACAAAUGGAGAGUAGCAGUCUGCAAGCAGAGCGAUACGUCAACUUCACCAUACAGGACAUCAACUAUGUGCUGAAAGUGACUGAUAUGUUGAAGAUAAUGAGCACAAGAGUUACCCAGCCUGCGGACCUCAAAGAUUUCAUGGCAGCCAGAUACUCAGAUUACAAAGAUUUCGCCAAUUUAAUGGUCAAUCAAUAUCUUUUUAAGGGUUCACCUGCCAUCCAGCAAACUCCAGCUAUGAGAAAGUAUCUGUUAUAUUACAAAUCGUUAAUGUUAGGAGAUCCGGUGUAUUUUGCCGUGGGUCUUCUGCCCUGUUCUAGACUCUGGGUGUGGCUGGCCAAUAAUCUAAACAUACCUCCAACCAAUGCCUACUACACCUGGAAAACAGACAACAUGAACGGCAACCCUGAGAAGCACUACAAAGCUCUGCUGAACAAGUAUCUCGACACACCUCAGAAAGUGGCGAAGGCGAAUACCGUGUUCCGUACUCAGAUGCAGAAUGAGCAUGAUUUCUUUUUCACUUCUUGAGUGGUUGACUGUGUUUCUACUACCAUAAGCAGAUGAAAUGUUAUGAAAAAAAUGAUUUUUCUCUGCAUGAUUAACCCUUUUAAAGGUGUCGUUAAUCUGUGGUAUAUAUUAUAAUUUGUCUUUUUUUGUCUUUUCUUGUGAUUUUGUAGUUUCUGAUAAAGAUAUUAUUAAUAAUAUACAAUGUACUAUGAUCAAUAAAAAUACGUCAAUGAUAUAUCUUAUACGCAAACGUAAAUAAAAACAAAU